AUGAAGAGGCAUACUGCUAUUGUGGUUGGUGCUGGCGCUGGGGGCGUAUCUACUGCUGCUCGCCUGGCGAAGGAAGGCUUCAAAGUAACUGUGAUAGAAAAGAACGGUUUCAUAGGCGGUAGAUGCUCGCUUAUCCAGGAAAACGGCUACAGAUUUGAUCAAGGGCCAUCUCUCCUCUUGCUUCCUGAACUCUUUGUGGAAACGUUCAAUGAUCUUGGUACCUCGCUGGAGAACGAGGGCGUUCAGUUGCUCAAAUGCGAGCCCAAUUAUAGAAUAUGGUUCGGGGACCAUGAUCGCGUUGAUAUGUCAACUGACAUGGCCAAAAUGAAAUCUGAAAUCGAGCGCUACGAAGGCAGACAGGGAUUCGAGGGAUAUCUAUCAUACAUGAAGGAAUCUGGUCGGCACCAUGACCUAUCUAUGAUUCACGUCUUGAAGCAGAACUUUCCCAGACUUCUCAGUAUGCUUCGGCCCGAGUUUCUGCUUUCUACCCUUACGUUGCAUCCAUUCGAGAGUAUCUACAGCCGAACUAGCAAAUACUUUGCUUCGGACAAGAUGAGAAGGGUUUUUACCUUUGCAAGCAUGUAUCUCGGAAUGAGCCCAUUUGACGCCCCGGCAACAUACUCGUUACUCCAAUAUUCCGAGCUCGCCGAUGGUAUAUGGUAUCCUGUUGGUGGAUUUCAAAUAGUUCUAGAGGCAUUGGCGAACAUUGGGAAACGCAUGGGUGUAGAAUAUCGCCUCAAUGAGCCCGUGUCAUCAAUUCAGCUCUCUGAAGACGGUCGCACUGCAACGGGGGUGAAAUUGAGCUCUGGAGAGAUAUUGAAUGCAGAUACGGUUGUUAUAAACGCGGACCUUGUCUACGCUUAUAAUGAGCUUCUACCACCCUCUUCUUUGGCUAAAAGUUUGCAAAAGCGACCUUCAUCUUGCAGCAGUAUUUCCUUCUUUUGGUCCUUCGAUCGCAUCGUUCCCGAGCUGCGAACCCAUAAUAUUUUCCUUGCAGAUGAGUACCGCGAGAGCUUUGACGCCAUUUUCAAGGACCACAAGAUACCAUCGGAUCCAUCCUUUUACGUGAACGUACCCAGUCGCAUCGAUCCAACGGCCGCACCACAUGGCAAGGACGCUGUCGUGGUGCUUGUUCCGGUAGGCCAUCUGGUGGACAACAGCAUCUGGUCUACAGACAUGGACGCCAUAAUAUCCAAAGUACGAGAAGGAAUUAUCAAGACAAUUGAAUCUCGCACAGGUGCUCGAGGUUUACGUGAUAGCAUCGUUUCCGAGAAAAUUGACACGCCGUUCACCUGGAAGGCAAAAUUCAAUCUAAACCAAGGAGCUAUCCUGGGACUAUCACAUUCAUUUUUCAAUGUCCUGAGCUUUCGCCCGAAGACUAAACACGAUACAAUCAGCGGACUUUAUUUCGCUGGUGCCAGUACACACCCUGGUACUGGAGUUCCCGUUUGUUUGGCUGGCAGUAAGAUUGUCUCCCAGCAGAUUUUUGAUGGGUACGGCAUCAUGCCGUCUGGCCAGAGCCGAAAAGGAAAGUCUUUUGAGUUGAGGUCCUACGGGGGAUGGCUCAUGACUCUACUCUUUAUAAUUGCUUGGGUUAUAACUUAUGGGCUCUGGCACUCUGGCUAG